AUGGCGCGUGCAUCGACCUUCCUGCUGUCAGUGGCCAGUUUCGCGUUGACCUCGCUCACUAUCGGGAAUGCUUUCUUCCAGAAGAAGCAGUUCUACCCGUCAGUCGUCUACAUCACUAAAAGCAGUCCUUCCAUGGCGGUGAUGUACAUACAAGGAUUAGUGGUAGCUUACAUGAUCUUUCAAGUUGUCCGGAAGCUUUUCUUUGGUGAUUUGCGCGCAUCCGAGUAUGAGGUGAUGUACAUACAAGGAUUGGUGGUAGCUUACAUGAUCUUUCAAGUUGUUCGGAAGCUUUUCUUUGGUGAUUUGCGCGCAUCCGAGUAUGAGCAUCUGUCGGAGAGGACGUGGCAUGCGGUGAUGGAGACGUGUCUGGCAUUCACCGUUUUUCGGGAUGACUUUUCACCGCGUUUCGUGAUGCAGUUCGUCCUGCUGCUCUUCGUCAAAUCGUUUCACUGGCUUAGCGAAGAUCGCGUUGACUACAUGGAGCGCAGUCCGGUCAUCACCAUGCUCUUUCACUGCAGGAUGAUGUCUUUGCUCGCUUUCCUGAGUGCAAUGGACAGUUAUUUCAUAUCGCAUGCAUACUUCACAACACUCAUUCAUGGCGCCUCCGUGCAAAUUGUUUUCGGAUUUGAGUACGCAAUACUGAUGACUGUGGUGCUGCACGUAACAAUCAAAUACAUUUUACAUAUGCACGAUCUUCGCAACGUACAUCCGUGGGAGAACAAGGCCGUGUAUUUGCUCUACUCAGAACUGCUCAUCAAUGGACUUCGCUGUGCACUGUAUCUCAUUUUUGUGGCAGUUAUGAUACGGCUGCACACGUUCCCAUUGUUCUCUAUUCGGCCACUUUACCUUACAAUUCGGGCAUUCCAUAAAGCAGUGAACGAUGUUAUUCUGUCUAGGCGUGCCAUUCAUGCGAUGAAUAAUCUGUUUCCGUUGGCUACCGAACAGGAAUUGUUGCAGGGUGAUAAUACAUGCAUUAUUUGCCGCGAGGAGAUGACGCCGGUGAGUGGGGCCAAGAAACUGCCAUGCAAUCAUAUUUUUCAUGCCAGUUGCCUUCGCUCAUGGUUUCAGCGGCAGCAAAGCUGUCCCACUUGUCGCACCGAUAUUUUAACGCACAGACGGCCAACUGCAACUGCAGCACCACCAGCCGCCCCAGCAGCCCCUGCAGCUGCUCAAGGAGGUCAGAAUGCCGCAGCGCCAGUGGCAAAUAAUGCAGUGGAAAUGCAGAACAUGUUCCCGUUCAUGGCACAGUUUGCAUUUCCUCAACAACCGCAGCAACAGCCACAGCAGCAGCAACAACAGCAGCAGCAGGAUGAUGGCAGUGCGGAUCGGCAACAGUCUACUUCAACUGCUGCUCCACAGGCACCACCCGGUGGCGCAACAGUGCCGCCCUUCUUUCCUCCGCCAGCGGGGUUCCCCUUCAUGCCAAUUCCGCCAUUUCCUGCAACUCCGAUGUUUCCAUUUCCACCAGUGCCCACAUUUGCCGGUCUCACGGAUGAGGAGGUUGCUGCCAUGGAAGGAACGGAACGCGCAGCCAUCGAAGCCCGCAUCAGCUGCAUUCGUAAUAUCGGCUUAUUACUGGACGCUGCAACUAUGCAGUUGCAACAGUACAUGAGUGUUGUGCAGUCCCUAAGUAUUCCACAGACAAGUGGUCCAAGCGGCACAAACACGAACUUGCCACCAUCGACAGACACAGCUGCUGCUGGUGGUGGUGGUGGUGCUUCUGCUGCUUCUGCAGAAACUCGGACUGACAGUGCUCAGGGAAGUACAGCGAUGAACAACAACAUGUCGCAGGCGCAGAACGAACCGCCCAGUAGCAGCAGUCCAGUUGAAAGCUCAAAUAAUAUCAAAAGCAGUGCCUUAUUAUCCGAUAAUGAUACGACAGCAGCGUCCAGCGCAACAGCACCCAGUGAGCUGGAAGAAAUCCGCCAGAGGAGGCUGCAUAAGUUCGCAUCAUCUAGUGAAGCCAAACCAACAACCCAGUAG